CGGGUAGGAAUCCCAUGGCUCUUAUUUUCACUCUCCCUCUUUUGUUUCUACUGGCUCUCAUCUUCCGGCUCCGGCGAAAACUCCCCUAUCCGCCGGGCCCAAAAGGGCUACCCUUCCUUGGCAACAUGCUGAUGAUGGACCAGCUCACCCACCGUGGCCUCGCCAAGCUCGCCAAGCGCUACGGCGGAAUCUUCCAUAUGCGCAUGGGCUUCCUUCACAUGGUCACCAUCUCCAACCCCGACAUGGCCCGUCAAGUCCUUCAGGUUAAUGAUAACGUUUGUUCUAAUCGUCCGGUCACCAUCGCCAUAAGCUACUUGACGUACGACCAAGCCGACAUGGCUUUCGCUCACUACGGCCCAUUCUGGCGGCAAAUGCGUAAGCUUUGUGUCAUGAAGUUAUUCAGCCGUAAGCGAGCUGAAUCGUGGGCGUCAGUUCGAGACGAGAUAGACUCGACCGUUAGACAUGUCGCCGCGCAGCUGGGAACUGUCGUGAAUGUCGGGGAGCGAGUGUUUGAAUUGACAAUGAAUAUCAUUUAUAGAGCUGCGUUCGGGACAAGUACAGUGCAAGGUCAAGAUGAAUUCAUAAAAAUCUUGCAAGAAUUCUCCAAACUCUUUGGAGCUUUCAACAUAGCUGAUUUUAUGCCUAAUCUCAGCUGGAUCGACCCACAAGGCUUGAACAAUCGCCUUGUUAAAGCGCGUCAAUCGCUUGAUAAAUUCAUCGACACCAUAAUUGAUGAACAUAUGGAGAAGAAAAGAAUUAGAAAAUUAUCAAACGUUAAAGAUGAUAAAAUUGAAACGGAUAUGGUGGAUGAAUUGUUAGCUUUCUACGAUGAACAAGUAUCCGUAAAUGAAUUAGAUGAUUCACAAAAUGGUAUCAAACUCAACCGUGACAAUAUCAAAGCAAUUAUCAUGGACGUUAUGUUCGGAGGAACAGAGACAGUGGCAUCGGCGAUAGAGUGGACCUUGUCGGAGCUAAUGAGAAGCCCAGAUGAUUUAAAGAAGGCCCAACAAGAGCUCGCGGAUGUCGUUGGUUUAAACCGACGUGUCGAAGAAUCCGACUUGGAGAAUUUAGCCUUCUUGAAAUGUUGUAUUAAGGAGACUCUUCGACUGCAUCCGCCGAUUCCGCUUCUCCUCCACGAGACGGCGGAGGACGUGGUGGUAGCAGGCUAUUUCAUUCCAGCGAAAUCGAGAGUGAUUGUAAACGCGUGGGCCAUUGGGAGAGACCCCGCGUCGUGGGACGACGCGGAAACGUUCCGGCCGUCGAGGUUUCUGAAACAGGGAGUGGCGGAUUUCAAAGGGAGUAAUUUCGAAUUCAUACCAUUCGGGUCAGGUCGGCGGUCUUGCCCAGGAAUGCAGCUGGGUUUGUACGGACUUGAGAUGGCUGUAGCCCACUUACUGCACUGUUUCACGUGGGAAUUGCCUGAUGGGAUGAAGCCAAACGAGAUGGACAUGGGCGACAUCUUCGGGUUGACUUCUCCAAGAGCGACCCGGCUUGUCGCUGUGCCCACUCAGCGGGUUCUGUGUCCACUCGUUUGAAGGAAUCUUAAUUUCCGAGAUUUACUUUCCUGCUUUAUAUUAUGAUUUGCGUGACGCUUCCAGAAAAAAAUGGAACAAUAACAACUUCAAACCCUA